AUGACUCAAGACAGGUUGCUGUACCAUGGAACUGCAUACGUUCAAGGCAACGCCUCUGGCCCUCUCGUCGCAAGCAAUCUUGAGUUGAGCUUCUGGGGAGGCGUUGAUCCGCUGACAAGCGAAGUCAUAGACCAUCACCACCCGUUAAGCGGAAAACACUUUCAAGAUGCCAUACUAGCCAUUCCCGGUGGUCGCGGCUCUUGUUCCGGCAGCGGGGUGUUGCUAGAGCUGUUGCUGAGUGGCAAGGGGCCAAAGGCUCUGAUAUUCUCAAGAAGGGAAGACAUCUUAACACUUGGAGUGGUAGUUGCGGAAGAAAUCUUCCACAAGUCUAUUCCAGUCGUUGUUUUGGAGACGCAAGACUUUGAACAGCUGCUGGAUGCCAGCUAUGUGGCUGUGGAUGGAAAUACAGUCGCGAAAGUACAGCUUGGGGGUGCAUCACAAAGCACUGAGCACCUUACCACUAAAGCUCUGGAUACAACUCUUGGCUACAAUAUUGAAUUGUCUGAUAACGAUCAUGCGUUUCUUAACGGGUUACAUGGCCAAGCUGCUCAAGCUGCCAUGCGAAUCAUCUUGCGCAUGGCUGCUAUGGAAGGGGCCUGCAAGCUGAUAGACGUCACACAAGUUCAUAUAGAUGGCUGUGUCUACACGGGACCGGGAUCGCUCAGCUUUGCAGAAAGACUACGUGACUGGGGAGGCAAAGUCUCAGUUUCCACCACCCUCAACUCGAUAUCCGUGGAUCAAAGGCGUUGGCGCGCUCAGGGCGUUGCAUCUACAUUCGGUGAGGCGGCGGAGAAAUUGGCCGCGGCUUACACAGACAUGGGUGCACUGCCGACUUUUACCUGCGCCCCCUAUCUGCUUCCUAGCGCACCCAAGCAGGGCGAUCAAGUUGCAUGGGCCGAGUCUAAUGCCGUUGUUUAUGCUAAUAGCGUUCUCGGGGCGAAGACUAUGAAGUAUCCAGACUUCCUAGACUUGUGUAUUGCGCUGACGGGGCGCGCACCACAGGGAGGAUUGCAUAUAGAGAGUAACAGGCGGGCUUCACUUUGUGUUGAGCUCCCUUUUAUUCGGGAAGCUGAUGUUGACGAUUCUUUUUAUCCGUUGUUGGGAUACUAUGUUGGAGGGAUUGCUGGGAGUCGCAUACCGGUUAUUGUAGGACUUGACGUUCUUCAUCCUUCGACAGAUGAUCUCAAGGCAUUUGGGGCGGCGUUUGCCACCAUGGCAAGUGCUCCAAUGUUUCAUAUGGUUGGAGUGACGCCGGAAGCUGCCACACUGCAGGAUGCGACUGGCGGGAGAGGCGACAUUGAAUCCAUUCAUUUUGAUUUGAGGCAGCUCGAAUCGGUUUGGAAGACGCUCAACAGCGCACAAGACGGUUCGCCUGUUGACCUUGUCUCACUCGGAAACCCGCAUUUCUCUUUCGCCGAAAUGAGAAAACUGGCGGAGAUUUGUCGAGGAAGGGAAAAGCAUCAUGGAGUCGCUGUUAUGGUGACGUGCGGAAGAGCAACCUAUGGACUGGCAAGUCAAGCCGGGCUUGUUGAAGAACUGGAACGAUUUGGAGUUCAGCUCAUCACUGACACAUGCUGGUGCAUGAUUGGAGAACCGGUGAUCCCAGUAACUGCAAAGGUAAUCAUGACGAAUUCUGCAAAAUAUGCCCAUUAUGGGCCAGGUCUUACGGGGAAGAGGUUUUAUUUUGGUAGUCUUGAGAGCUGUGUUGCAGCGGCUUGUGAUGGUUUCUAUGAUAAAGAGAAUACCCGGAUUCGUUGCUAG